ACGAGACUCAAGACACGCCCAUGUCGCAACACGUCGUUCGACUUCCACCCUCCGUUCCUGCAACAUCGACCCCUAACUCGAAUCAACAUGCCGCUGCGAUAGUCACGACUUGAAGACGUCUUCGUAACCACCUACUCCAACAACAUGGCCUCAUUGUCGCCCGGUGCCACUCUCGGCCUAGGAAUCGUAGUCGGCCUCAUAUCGACAUGCGUCCAGUCCGUAGGCCUCACCUUGCAGCGCAAGUCGCACAUGCUGGAAGACGAGAAAGACCAACACCUCCCACGCCGCGCCCCAUACCGCCGCCGACGAUGGCAACUCGGCAUGCUGCUGUUUCUCCUCAGCAACAUAGUCGGCUCGUCCAUCCAGAUCACCACCCUCCCUCUACCCUUGCUCAGUACCUUACAGGCCUCCGGCCUCGUCUUCAAUGCUCUCAUGGCUACACUCCUCCUCCACGAGCCCUUCACCCGCCGCACCGCUCUGGGAACUCUCCUCGUAGCCGCUGGUGCUGUCCUUAUAUCCCGCUUCUCCGCCCUUCCUGAGCCAUCGCAUUCGCUGGACCAGCUACUCAACCUGCUCGUCUUUCCCAACUUCGUUGUGUGGAUGACCCUGACUCUGGUCCUGGUCCUCGCCAUCUUGGUCGCCGAUUCUGCCACUGGCUUCUUUAUGACUGCCCAGCAAAUGCAAAAGCCACGAUCUAGGUUGUUGCGCGGUAUGGCCUAUGGUCUCGUUUCUGGUGUCUUGUCGGCUCACGCUUUGCUUCUCGCAAAGAGUGCCGUCGAAUUACUAGUACGCACCAUUGUCGACCACAAGAAUCAGUUUGAUCGCUACCAGUCCUGGAUGCUUCUAUUGCUCUUUCUCCUCUUUGCCCUUACCCAGCUGUACUAUCUCCAUCUCGGUCUGAAGUUGGUCAGCACGAGUAUCCUAUACCCCUUCGUCUUCUGCGUAUACAACAUCAUCGCUAUUCUCGACGGUCUCAUCUACUUCCGCCAGGCCGAUCAACUAUCCGCACUCUAUGCCGGUCUCAUCGCUCUGGGUACCGUCAUCUUGUUGGCAGGCGUACUGGCUCUCAGCUGGCGUCUCAGCGAAGAAGAGGCCGCUGCUGCACCCGCAGGAAGUGAAAUGCCUCAUUCUGCCUUAGCACCCGGCAUGGGCUUCGUCGAAGACCAUGAGCACGAAAAUGGAUCUAGACUUCCUUCUGAGACAGCGCCAUUGAUGCGUAGACACACGUUGCGCGACUCUGCCUUGAUGAUUGGGCAGAAAAGAAGACGAGCCAGUAACGCCCGUGAAGUCGAAGAUAUCUGGGACGAACUCGGUGACGAGGAAAGAUAUUACGGAACCACUGCUCGUCGUGAAUCCCUGGGUUCAGAUCUCGAGAGCGCUCCUUUACUCGAGAAUCGUCGACCAGCACAGCUCAAAAUCUCGAGGUCAAUAUCCGACCCAGCGAACCAUGCACAUUUCAGAAGCCGUUCUGAGCCAUUGCGACUUGAUCAAGCCGCAUACGGGCAUGAGAGUAUAUCCAAGCAGCUUGUCGACUGGUGGCAUACGAGGUGGAGAGGUCGGGAAGAUGCAAGCGAUGCCGAAGAAUCUCACGGAUAG